AACAGUAACUACCCUAGGUCUGGCAGCACGUGGCGCGGGGCUGGAAAAAGCACAUUAGAAUAUAAACAAGAAGGGAAAGAGAGUCAAGAACCCGGACGGCAGCCUUUCACAGUAAAUACCCAAGACGGGGUUCAAUCAGCCCUCGCCUGGCGCGAGAAAGUAGCGGUGCGGCGGACUGACGUCAUAGGUACGGAGUCAGCGCGAGCUGAACGGAGCCAGCAGCUAUACUGAGGAUCCCCCGCACGGAGGACACCCCGCGUCGCCGGAAAGCAUCCCACGGCAUAACGCAGCAGAGAUAAGAUGGCCACCUCCUCCUCCAAUGUGGAAGAAGAUGAGAGUCUAAAGGGCUGCGAGAUUUUCGUGCAGAAGCAUAACAUCCAGCAGAUCCUGAAGGAGUGCAUCGUGAACCUGUGUAUAGCCAAGCCCGAUUGUCCCUUGAAGUUCCUGCGGGAGCAUUUCGAGAAGCUGGAGAAGGAAGAAUGCAAACAGAUCCUGGCGCGCCAGAAGUCCAACUCGCAGUCAGACUCCCACGACGACGAGGUGUCCCCGCCCCCCCCGAACCCAGUGGUGAAGGCCCGGCGCCGGCGUGGUGGAGUCAGCGCCGAGGUUUAUACAGAAGAGGAUGCUGUCAGCUACGUCAGAAAGGUGAUCCCCAAGGACUACAAGACCAUGACGGCUCUGGCCAAGGCCAUAUCCAAGAACGUGCUCUUCGCUCAUCUCGACGACAACGAGAGGAGUGACAUAUUUGAUGCCAUGUUCCCUGUCACUCACAUCGCCGGAGAGACCGUCAUUCAGCAAGGUGAUGAAGGGGACAACUUCUAUGUGAUCGACCAGGGGGAGGUGGAUGUGUACGUGAAUGGCGAGUGGGUGACCAGCAUUGGGGAGGGCGGCAGCUUCGGGGAGCUGGCACUCAUCUAUGGGACGCCGCGCGCCGCCACCGUCAAGGCCAAGACGGACCUGAAGCUGUGGGGCAUAGACCGUGACAGCUACCGGCGCAUCCUCAUGGGCAGCACACUGAGGAAGAGGAAGAUGUAUGAGGAAUUCCUGAGCAAGGUCUCCAUCCUAGAGUCCCUGGAGAAGUGGGAGCGGCUGACGGUGGCGGAUGCGCUGGAGCCCGUGCAGUUUGAGGACGGCGAGAAGAUCGUGGUGCAGGGGGAGCCCGGCGAUGACUUCUUCAUCAUCACAGAGGGCACAGCCUCUGUGCUCCAGCGCCGUUCCGACAAUGAGGAGUACGUGGAGGUGGGCCGUCUUGGACCCUCCGACUACUUCGGAGAGAUUGCCCUGCUGCUGAACAGGCCGCGGGCGGCCACAGUAGUGGCACGCGGACCGCUGAAGUGUGUCAAGCUGGACCGACCACGAUUCGAGCGCGUGCUGGGGCCCUGCUCCGAGAUCCUGAAGAGGAACAUCCAGAGAUACAACAGCUUCAUCUCCCUGACCGUGUGACGGGGGCAAGGGGCAGCUGCGCGG